GAUUCAGCAGCCCCUGGGUAUCUGAGAAGCCUUAUUGACAGACUCCACUGACCACCUCCUGGUGUUGAGGAAGGGGCUAGAAAAGGUACCCUAAAACUGUCUGCUUCACUCAACCCUGGCCUGCUUGCCAUGACAGAUUGGCCCAGAAAUCUACAAAGAAAAAAGUGGAUAAAGAAUGAAUAUUAACUACAUUAUGACAAUUACUGGGAUGAAUAGCACAUGAUGAAUUGAUCCAUCAGUGUCUAUCUCUUGAACUGGCACUGAAAAUGAACAAUGAACUGGACCUGUGGUUUAAUAGAAUAGUGGCACUGGUGACAGCUACUGAAUGAGGACAGACACAGAGGCAAUACACAUACCAUGACCUUCAGCUGCCGCCUUGAACUUGGCACCUACUCUGGGGAAGGUGUGGGACCCUCCUCCCCAGAUCCCCUUCUCUCUGAUCCAGUUUCCUCCCAGAGGACAGGAGUUCAGAGGGUGAUUCUGUGGCCAGAGGUAGUCAGGGUGGGAUUCAUGAAGAAAGUAGGACCCAAGUUGAAUCUUGAAGAAUGAGAAGGAAUUGGUUUGGCAAAGAUGGGGACGAAGGGUGCGGUGGAAUAUCCCAGGUGUCUCACUUCCAGGGACCAGCAACAAAGGGCCGAAAGCAGAAACCAUCAAAUGAAUGAGUAAAGAUGGCAAAAAGUGAAUUGUCAGUCUCGCUAUAGUUGUGGAAUGCUCUGAAGUCCCAGUGUAAGCCAUGGAAGGCUCUGUGCUCAGCCCCACAUCCUGGGAAAAGCGGCGGGCAUGGCUGCAGAAGACCCACAACUGGCAGACGCAGAUCCUAGAGGAGGAGGCAGCAGCUGCCUUGCAAGAUGUUCCAGACCCUGAGCCUCCCAAUCUGGAUGAUGUCUUCUUGGAAGAGAGCCCCACAAAUAAAAUUGAAGACUGGCUUCAGGAUUGUGGAUCCUCCGAGGAAGGGUUUCCUGAAGAGCCCGGCCUGUCCAUCCAUGGUGGAUAUCCCAGCCAUGAAGCCAGCUUUGAUGAUGACCUGACCUUGGGAGCAGAGGCAAUUCUGUUAGCAUCCAAUGGUAAACUUCUUUCCAGGAGUUUCCUGGAGAAAACCAGGCCAGGGCAUCUACUCAACCUUGGCUGCAGUAUGGCAUCUAGCAACAUGACCAGUGGGACCAAUAAAACCAGUUCAAGCAUCUCAGAGAUUCUGGACAAAGUCCGGGAGGAUGCAGAGGAUGUACUCUUCAGCCUGGGCUUUGCUCAAGACAAUCAUAGAGCCACAGCUCGGAUUCCUGCCCGCUUCUUCACCACCCCCUCCCAGGCAAAGGGCAUUGACUUUCAGGUGUUCCUGAAAGCUCAGGUGCAAAGGAUAGAGAUGGAGGACCCCUGCUUGAUGCUGGCCAGUCGGUUUAAGCAGGUGCAAACGUUGGCCACCACAGCUGAUGCCUUUUUCUGCCUCUACUCCUAUGUGUCCAAGACUCCUGUCCAGAAAUUCAUGCCAUCCCAAUUGUUGUGGCCCAGUGCUGCCGAUGCACCCCUCAUCCGGGUCCUUCCCCCGGAACCCGAGGCCCGAUCCCCUGUGGAGCUUCGGAGAGCAGUAUCCAAGAUGUGCCUGUACACAUCCCCUCGGGAUGGACCUUCUGAACCCUCUGCUUCAGCUAAAAGAAAUAGUUUAGAUAAAGUGGUUUGGGAGGUGAUGGAUAGGGUAAGAGAAGAUAGACUUGCUCUUCAUGUGGGUUCAGGUGGAAAGGCUGCCCCAGACCUCUACUCCGGAGCAGAGGCUCAGUGGGGGAUUCCAUCACCUCUUCAAACUGAAGAACUUAUCUCUAAGCCUUCCUACUGCAAAGAUAUAAGGAAGACACAACCUGUGGACAAUGGGGAUCUGGAAGAAGAGAGAGACAAUAAAUGGCGUAAUACCUAUAUUGCCAGCCAGCCCCCUGCAGUGUCCACUCCACAUAUUUGGAAGGCAUCUACUCCACAGCCCUUCACUGCACAGACACUGAGAUGGCAAAGGCACAGACCAGAGCAGAUAUGGAGUGGAGAACAGAAGCAAAGAAACAGAUUACUUGGGAUGGAGAAAGAGAACUAUGGGUACAGAAAGACAAAGAAGACAUAUUUAAGCAAGGAGCAGGAUGCCAACAGUUCUCAGGAGCCUUGCAGGAGCCAGAGGAAUCCUGGAAGCACAGGAGGACAAGCAAGAAGGCGGCUAUUCCAGAGAAACUAUCAAGGUAUAAAGGGGAAGAGAGUCAGCCCCUUAGAACAGGCUACCACUGAGGAAGAGUUAAGGAAGAGCUCAGUGGGAUCAGCUCAGCCCCACGGCAUACCCCAGAGAUUCACUGAACAGCGGCAGGACUCCUUGGAUUUGGAGGAGAUACUUAGCAACAGUGAUGAAGAAGGGAGCAACUGGACCAGUGAACCUGAGUGUCCCCGUUCGCUAUCCCUUGGCACCUCUGGAUGGAAUCCUAGGAGCUUUCUCCUUCACACCUGCAGCACCCACUCUGACAGCAGUGGCUUCGUAGAGGAUCAGCCCCUUCCACCUCCCGAUCUCUCAACUGAGAAGGUUUUCCAAAGGAUCUAGUCCCCAGCUUCAGGGGCCUCGGGACACCUGAUAUGAACAUAGCAAGGCCCCAGAGAGGCCAGAAGGACUGAACCAUCUGAGAAAGAUGGAUGUUCACUCAUCUCUUAAAGAUUUCCCAGGGAGGGAAUGCCACAGUAACCUUGAAUCAAAUCGGUGUCUCACCACCCUUAUCACCAGGGUAUUAAUGUUUGACUUAAUGCCCACUGCCAGCAGCUUUAAGAGUGAUUGACACUGACAAACUGGAGUAUCCAGAGGAGGGUGACCAGAAUAUUAAAGUGUCUAGAAAGCAUCAUCAACUGGGAAUGCUUAGCCUGGGGAAGAGAAAGUAUAUAUGAUAACUGUCUUCAAAUAUUUAAUGAGUCACCAAGUAGAAGGGAGAUUAUGUGAACCCAAAGAUGGCCUGUGCCACUAACAUUUGAAAACACUAUCAGUGUGUUUGGAAGUCAGAAGUAAUGGAAGUGUGGUACCACUGGGAUUCAAACCCACCAGUGGUAUAGCAGACUGUGUUCAUGUUCCAUGUGUGAUACCAUCUAUGUUCCAUGUGUGAUACCAUGUGUGAUCAGUGAAGUUCCUCAAUCAACAGGACCAUUUCAGGCCUGGGCUUCAAGGUGCACAGGCUUUACAAUUUGAAGGGGUUCUAAGUCAUCUAGAUCCUGAAACUCACUACAACAAAGACAAAGACUGGCAUUAGUCAUGAAGAACUUCCUGGAAGAGGUAUAUUUCACACGACAAUUUAAAAGAAGUUAAACAAUAUGAGAUGAUGGUGGAAGGGAAUCAUUGGGAGACAUGGAAGGCCCCAAAAUAAUGGUUGCCAUGUUGCUGCUGAUGAAGAGAUUGGAAACUCUGACCUUGUGACUUUCCAAAAGUCAAGAGAGAGGCAUCCCUGAUUUCACAGCCAGCUCAGCAUCAAGGCCCCAAGUAGCAAGGUGGACCUUUGAGUUCCAACCCAAUAGGAGCUGAAACAAAAACACAUCAGGCUUAGAAAUCAUCCAAAUCUGAAUAUUCCCAAAGUGAACCCUGAACAGAGGAACUAGCCAAAUGGAGGCACUAGAAGAGACUCCCUCUGACCCUGGGGCUGAACAGCCUGUAGACAAUGCAGUCAACCCAGAAGCCCCUGCAGAAACA